AUGGGUUUCAAAAGCUAUUUCAAAGCCUCACCCGAGGCCGCAGCCCCGGCGGGAUCCCAAUCGAAGACCAUGUCAGAAAAACCCCCAGAUCGCAUGGGCCGGAACGAUAUGGAGCUGCAACCUCCUACCCCAAGAUACAGCUCUCGCCGACAGUCCCUUUCCGGCCGUUCAACAAGAUCCCUUGGCAGCUCCAUGUUUCUGGAUGACAUUAAACACGAAGUCAUGGUUAAUUACCUGUACCAGCAGCAAUGCUCUCACCUCUGGGUCAGCGAUGGCUCUGGCGAAGUCGAGGGUGUUCUGUUGCGUAAAAUGAGGGGCACCUACAUGGCUUGCCCGCCGGCUCUUGCCAAUUCCCCCUUUGGCCGCGCCGCUGCUGCUCUCAACGUCCAGUGCGCCAUGACCGUCAACUCCCGAGUCAUCAAGACGUUCCUGCAAUGGCAGCCCGACGCGGUGGACGUCCCCUUGAUGAAUGGUCUCCGUGUUCAGAUUUUACCUACCAUCGAAGAUCUGGCCCGUGCCAGGAAGCAUCAGUUUGCCGCCUUUGUCGCCUCGGAAGGCCUCCUCAUUGUUUGGGACGACGAUGCCCUUCACCUGGUCCCGCGCGCCAAAGCUAUCGAGUCUGAGCUCAUGCAGCUCGUGUGGAACUCGGGCAACGAAGAGGAGGAUGGCGAGGAGAAGAAAGGCCCCGCAGUGGCCGAGUACGAGGUCGACGAGGAGAGCGGCGAGAUUAAACCCGAAAACCGGCCCGUUCAUCUCUUGAAUACCAUCCUUGUCACCUUCACUCUCAUCCUCGUCACCGUCACCCUCGGAGCCGCCUGGAGGCAACUGGCUCUCCAGACAACCGUCGACGGCGAGUUCACCCGCUUGGCUCUGGUUGCUCUCUUCCCGCUCCAGAUCUUCUUCACCCUCUUCUUCGCCCAGGUCAUCGUCGGUUGCCUGGCCCAGAUCUUCGGCCCCAUUCGUCAAUUGACCAUAAACUCCAAAUUCUUCUCGGCCCGCCCGCCUCCUCGGCUCCGAGGAGACGUGCUGCCACACCUCACCGUCCAAUGCCCCGUCUACAAGGAGGGCCUCCAGGGUGUCAUCGCUCCGACCGUGAAAUCCAUCAAGCAGGCCAUGUCGACCUAUGAGCUCCAGGGCGGCUCUGCCAACAUGUUCGUCAACGACGACGGUCUCCAGCUUCUCUCGGAGGAAGACCGCCGCGCUCGCAUUGAGUUCUACGCUGACCACAACAUCGGCUGGGUUGCCCGGCCGAAACACGGCGUGGAUGGUUUCAUCCGAGGUGGCAAAUUCAAGAAGGCUUCGAACAUGAACUACGCUCUGAUGCUCUCCUGUCUCGUGGAGGAAAAGCUGCAGGUUAUUGAGCGCCACCCCGAGUGGACCCAACACGACGAGGCGCUGGCCUACGAGGAAGCUCUGAAGGAAGCCCUCAAGGAGAAUCCCAAGGCUUGGGCUGACGGCAACAUUCGCGUAGGCGAUUACAUCCUCAUCAUUGACUCGGACACUCGGAUUCCCGCCGACUGUCUCCUCGAUGCUGUAUCCGAGAUGGAGCAGUCACCGGAGGUUGGUAUCUUGCAGUUCUCUUCUGGCGUUAUGCAGGUCACCAACAGCUAUUUCGAAAACGGAAUCACCUUCUUCACCAACCUCAUCUACACGGCCAUCCGUUACACUGUUGCCAACGGUGACGUCGCUCCUUUCGUCGGCCACAAUGCCAUCCUGCGAUGGAGCGCCAUCCAGCAGGUCGGCUACGUCGACCACGACGGGUACGAGAAGUUCUGGUCCGAAUCGCACGUGUCUGAGGAUUUCGACAUGUCCCUCCGUCUUCAGUGCAAUGGCUACACCAUCCGAUUGUCGGCAUGGGCCAACGACGGUUUCAAGGAAGGCGUGUCUCUUACCGUGUACGAUGAACUGGCUCGGUGGGAGAAGUACGCAUAUGGAUGCAACGAACUGCUCUUUAACCCGAUCCGCACCUGGCUUUGGCGCGGGCCCUUCACUCCGUUGUUCCGCAGGUUCCUCUUCAGCAACAUCCGCUUCACCUCGAAGAUCACCAUCGUCUCGUAUAUCGGCACAUAUUAUGCUAUCGGCGCUGCGUGGAUCAUGACGUCCGUCAACUAUUUCCUCAUAGGCUGGUUCAACGGUUAUCUCGACCAAUACUACAUCGACUCGUGGAGGGUGUGGUUCUCCAUUGUCAUCGUCUUCAACGGUCUUGGCAACGUCUCCCUGGCCGUCAUGCGGUAUCGCAUCGGCGAAAGGGGCCUGCUGAAGUCCCUUUUCGAGAACUUUAUGUGGAUGUUCAUGCUAGCCAUUUUCUUCGGUGGUCUCAGCCUGCAUAUCAGCCAGGCCCUGCUGGCGCAUAUGUUCGAAAUCAACAUGACGUGGGGUGCGACGUCAAAAGAGGCCGAAUUCUCGAAUUUCUUCAUCGAAGUACCCAAAGUGUUGAAGAAGUUCAAAUUCUCCAUGAUGUUUUCGCUCAUCUUCAUCGUCGGCAUGAUCAUUUUGGCUGUUGCGCCUUUCGUUCCCCAUGCCUGGCGAAUCCAGGAUUUCGUGGCUAUCCUGCCCAUGUCCAUGGUCGCUGGCAGCCACUUCCUGCUCCCCAUCGCCCUUAAUCCCGCCCUCAUGACCUUCUCGUGGUAA